AUGCACUCAUCCUUAGCACAGAUCGAGACAGGCCUACGGGUCCUUCCUGUCACCCUGCAGCGUCCUCUUUGUUCAUUCCCCUCUUAUCCUCUCUCUCUUUCCCUCUGGCCAUUUCCUCAUUGAACGAAUCAUGUAGAGCAUGCGUCAGCACCACUGUAUGCCACGUCCUUUGUGACACAUCUGGCGCUUUCCCUUGGAAGUGAAAAGACUCCACGCUUCUGCAGCAUGCAAAGAGAACAUGCAGAGGUUUAGCAACACACUGGUUCACCACUGCCCGCUCACUUCGGGCUGCCGUCAGCCUCAGGAAUGCUUCGUGUCUUUUCUGCUGCGCCAUGACAUGACGUAGCAGAAAGCGGACGGCCUGUGAGAGGGGUCUGGUUGGUGUUCUCCUGAGUCUGCGGCUGUGGUACCCUAGAGCGGCGAGUGCCGGACAGCGGGAAAGGCUGAGGUUGAGUCGGCAGUCGAUAGUAGCGGCUCGCUGAAAUGGUCCCAGCGGGGCUGACCCAGGGACAUGAGCCGGACCAGAACCUGUCGUGCGCUUUGAGUUGGGUCACACACACACACACACACACACACACAAGAGAAUGUAAGGCAAUUGGUGUGUCUCUCUGCGUGUUGUGUACAUUUGUUCGACCACAGCCUUUUCUGCAGCUCCGAUUGGUUUGCCCUGUGAGUAUUGAAACGACCGAUCCAAGCAGCAAAUGACUGCGACAAAGGGGAACGUAUCAGAAUACAAUGGCAAGGUCCGCUAUACAAUGCCGCACCUCAUCCUUUCUGUUCUUGCAUCUGGCAAUCUGCGCCUUCGAGAGCCUUUUCGCUGCUUUCUCAGCUUCGCUGUCGAUCAUGACAGCUGCUGGCGGCCCCUCGCUGAGCGUCACUCGCUUCUUGGCGGCGAACUCUUCUCUUCUCUCCCUUUUAGCUUCCUCGGCCUCGAACCGAUAGUCGUGUAUAAAGUUGGCGUAGGACGGCGAUCUUCGCAGUAGUGCAUCCUCGUCGCUGAUGUAGUCUCCGUCUGGUGUCGCUGCAGGACCUGGCCGGGCAGAUGGCGGCCGACCUCUCUUGAGCAUGGGAUACAUUAAUGUGUACCGACUGUUGAGCCUGUAUGCUGGCAGAUCCACAAACGAUUUGCCAGCCGCGCCCCUUGACUGGCUCAGAGUACUAUGGUCGCCCCAAGCCGGGUGCUGCGGGGUUGUACUGACCUUGUCCGGCGACAUGCUGAUAGACGUCUGUGUCGUGCCAUCACAUGUUCGGAUGCCCAGCAGAUAGGGCUGCAAUGCGUGGUGCACGUGAAGCUUGGAAGUCACCUCGUGGCUGUAGUGCACCGGCGCCUGAGGGCUCCGGCGCGAUGAGCACAAGAUGAUCGGCGACGUCUUCCCCGAGGGGACGGGCGUGUGGACAUGACCGCAUGUGGGCGCCUUCUUUGCCGUCUUGUCGUCUGCAGCCGACACCAAUGCGGCACGCGAGUGGCUCUUGGCAGAUGAUUUCUUGCGGGACGCCCUGCGAUGUUCUUGUGCCUCGAGUCGGACAGGCGCUUUGGCUUUUACAACUGGGGGAUACAGGCACUUGGGGGGUGGCCUUGCCGGCUUCUUCUUCGCAUCACGUCUCGCUCUUGCCCUUUCUCUGUCGUCAAGCUUCUCAUCAUCUGGCUUCUGAGAUGCCUGGUGGGGAGCGCACUCGCAUAUAUAUACAUCCCCUGAGACAGAGAAAACAGCAGCCACCUCAGAAAGGCAGCCUGGCGUGCAAGUGCUGUGCGAACCUUCCAUUCGGCUGCGUGUUGACAGGGCUGACGGGGAUGGGGAAGACGACUGAUACAACAUUGUACUGUGAGUCAAGCCGAGCUCAGUCAAGUGCGCGUUCAUCAAACUCCAAGGGAAGUUCGUGAACUUGAGCUGGCAAGCCACAUGGGGGCGAUAACGAAGGAAGGGGCUCAAGAGCUGCAGUGGAGGGCUGUCGCUCUGAUAUGCGAGGGUUGCCUGGGCGAGUGCGGCAAGGCCUCUCUCGCUGCCGACCUUGCGCAACCGGCCGGGCGGGACGGUGCUUUCUGCCGGGGGCCGAACAAGGACAGGAGGGGCCCGCUCAGCAGCCUCGUGCACUUCAGCACUUGCCGCAGAAGAGACGGCCUGGGGGAUGAUCACAGGCGGCUUGACGGAGGUACUGGACUGACGGAGCGCAUCGCUCAAAGCCUGGCAUGUAUCUGCGGGGAGAGAUACCUGCAUCAGCAGAGUGCCCCAUCGUACACAAGAUGAGUGAUGUGUGUCUCGAAUGUUCCCGAGCAGCGUACCUUGCGCGGAGGGAACCGUCGCCUCUUUUCCUUGCUUGUGAGCCUCAGAACUUCCUUGCGAUACUCCUCCGGCAUGGACGACACGAGGGCCUUCAGUUCUUGCCGGUUUCUCUCUGCCCUGCGACACACAUGCAAGACACGCACAAAUCACCACGUGACAGAUGACAUUCUCAUGGCGUACUCGUCUUCCAGCUGCUUCCAGAGAGCCACCUUCUCGCCCAACCACCGAGAGGCAGCGAUGGCUCCCUCAGGAUGCUUAUCAGAUUCUCUCUUCGGCAUGCACUUCUUCGAUUUGCCUUUGCGGUGCUGUCCCUCCCCAUCAGUCUGAGAUUUGCUGCUCUUCACAACAGCUGGAGAGCUGGCUUUCGACCGGGAAUUCUGGUGCAUGAGGAACACAGGAAUUCUGGCAGCCCCUUCCUUGAAGUGGAGCUCGCCCCCCAGCUGGCCCCCAGUCUUUUCCCCCUGCAACUUCAUGAAAGAGCUGGCAGACAAGCUGGCCCGCCUGUUUGCUCUUGGGUCUUGCCUUCUGGCAGUGCUCUCCCGGAGCCUCUCCGUCCUUCGUUGAAGCCUUUCGGGAUCAGCAGCCGCAGAGAUUACAUGGACGUCUAUUCACUGCAAGGCUCUCACUGCACUCACUCGCCAGCCUCGGCACACGCAGCAGUGCAGGAUGGCAACGAGACCGCAGAUCUGGGAGCGAAAUAGCCCUAUUCCGUCGUCAGCAGCACCAUUGGCCAACAUCGUUUCUCAAUAUGGAGUUGAAGCGCAGCCACUCACAGCAGCCCAUCCACCGC